UCAGCAAAGAGAUGCUGCGUUCGGUCAAUGAGGGGGAGAACGUCAUCUGUUUUAUGCAUUGAACUAGCUAAGAUAGCUAGCUGGUUAGCCAGAUCAGUAGCCAGCGAGCAAUUAUAUCAAAAUUAGCUCAAACAUAAUUUUUCUCAAACAUUUUUGUGCUUAAACAGCCCGAGCUAUUCAUAGUGCUACAUUGUGUAGGGUGCCAAUCAUGCUUCAAAAAACACACAGUCGGUGCUGGAAAAUGCUUAAAGGGGAUCGUGUUAAGUGGCUAUUUUAGCUGGCUAGUCAACACUAUAGUAGUUAGUGCUAGCUAGCUAACUAGCAAAGCUAGAAUCAUCCACUGACAGUUGAUUCGUUAAAUACCACAUUUGAACAAGGCAGAUAAACCUAAGUAACUUCGAGUCUACAAGAAGGACAAACGUCAAGUGGCUAUUUGGUUUCCUUCAAGAACGCGGUGGCCUGAGCCAUGGGGGCUUUCCUUGACAAGCCCAAGACGGAGAAACACAACGCCCACGGGGCAGGCAACAGCCUGCGCUUCGGCCUGAGCUCCAUGCAGGGCUGGCGGGUGGAGAUGGAGGACGCCCACACGGCCGUGCUGGGGCUGCCCCACGGCCUGCCCGACUGGUCCUUCUUCGCCGUGUACGACGGCCACGCCGGCUCGCGCGUGGCCAACUACUGCUCCAAACACCUGCUGGAGCACAUCAUCAGCGCCAGCCUCAACCCCGCCUCCGCCGCCUCCUCGACCACGCCCACCCCCGAGGCGGGCUCCUCGGGCCCCGCGGGCUCCCUCGCCCCCCCCACCGUGGAGGCGGUGAAGGCGGGCAUCCGCGUGGGCUUCCUGAAGAUCGACGAGCACAUGCGCAGCUUCUCGGACCUGCGCAACGGCAUGGACCGCAGUGGCUCCACGGCGGUGGGCGUCCUCGUGUCGCCCGCUCACAUCUUCUUCGUCAACUGCGGCGACUCGCGCGGCGUCCUCUACCGCAACUCCCACGUGUGCUUCUCCACGCUGGACCACAAGCCUUGCAACCCCCGCGAGAAGGAGCGCAUCCAGAACGCCGGCGGCUCCGUGAUGAUCCAGAGGGUCAACGGCUCGCUGGCCGUGUCCCGCGCCCUGGGCGACUACGACUACAAGUGCGUGGAGGGCAAGGGCCCCACGGAGCAGUUGGUCAGCCCCGAGCCGGAGGUGUUUGAGAUCGCACGCGCCCCGGAGGAUCAGUUUGUGGUGCUGGCCUGCGACGGGAUCUGGGACGUGAUGAGCAACGAGGAGCUGUGCGAGUUUGUGCGCUUCCGUCUGGAGGUGUCGGACGACCUGGAGAGGGUCUGCAACGAGGUGGUGGACACCUGCCUCCACAAGGGGAGCAGGGACAACAUGAGUGUGGUGCUGGUGUGUAUGCCCAACUCUCCCAAGGUGUCUGAGGAGGCUGUGAGGAGAGACGCAGAGCUGGACACCUUCCUGGAGGCUCGCGUGGAAGAGAUUAUAGAGAAGUCGGGUGAUGAGGGGAUUCCAGACCUGGUUACUGUCAUCAGGCACCUCUCCACAGAGAGCAUCCCUAACCUGCCACCUGGGGGAGGCCUCGCUAGCAAGCGCAGUGUUGUUGAAGCAGUGUACCACCGCCUGAACCCUCACAGGGAAGAAGAUGGGAACGGAGCAGACCUGGAGGAACCCUGGUAGCUGCCCCGCAGGUCGCCUGAUCCAAACCCAGGACUCCUUGAUACCCAAGAUCAUUACACUCUCACUACACCUUCCUUCACCCUCCUCGAUACCAAGAGAUCAAUUGUACCCAUCUUUAAAAAACGGAUUUAGAAACCUCCCACCACACACGAACCAACAGCAAGCUGGCUAAAGAAUAGGAACCAUGACAGUAGUCUGGAAUCGAAACAAAAUAUCUACUCGAGAAAUCGAGACCUUAUUUCCUUUGUGUUGCUUUAUUUGUGGUCAUUGUUUUUACGGGCCAGUGAAGAGACCCUAGUUUGGAUAUUUCUGGCCGUCCCUGUAAAACUUUGUGGUGCCUUUCUCCCAUUGGCUGAGGAUGGAGGAUCUAGCAGCCAGCCAGUAAGAGGUCUGGGUCACUGACCCUUCCUGCCCAGGAUCCCAGACCCUAAGCCUCAGCCUCCAAGCAGCUAGCCAGCAUGCCUUCCUUUUCAGACCCCUGGUCCCAGGCCCCUUCCGCCCCAGCCCUGGGCCUCAGGUCCAGCCACAGACCCCCUCAGGCCCACCAGGCUUCUAGGAGGCCUCAGCCACCAGGGCCCUGUCCAGACCUUCGGCCCCGCCCCCCAACCUGGUCCCCCAGUCCCUCCUUCCAGACACAAGGGGAUGGUGGGGACACAGGCUGGGUCAGGGCUGGGUCAGGGCUGGGUCAGGGCUGGCUCAGGGCUGGGUCAGGGCUGGGUCAGGGGGCUUGGCUGUGGCAGAGAUCAGUUUUGGCAUUGGGAUGAACAUUUGUGUGAAAUAUGGACAAGACUGGCUGGCUACAUCAUGGCAUUAGCUACCCGGAUGAGGAGAAGGGUUUCGAGAGUGACAGUUUCUUAUAACUCGCUCUCUCGGCGGAUAACAUUCAGUAGACUCGUCAUGAGAAGAUCAAUCUAUAAAUCCAUACAUAUUUUUUAUUUCUGUUUUUCCAUUCCUGGUAUAGCAAAAUUAUUUAAAAAAAGAAGUUGCCUAAUGCGUGUAUGAACACAAGUGUGCUGUGAAGGAGGACUUGAAGAAGAGGAGUGAAGAAGAGGGCUUGGUGGUGUGCUUGUGAGCGUGUGCACACGCACACACCAUCACCGUGGAGACGGAUGGAAGUCGGGGAUUCUAACGAACCACCAAAGCUCUAACCGCUUCCCUCCCUCCCUCCCCUCCUAUCCUUAAUCAGUACAAACACAGACUCUAAACUUGCCUUUUCCUUUCUCACACCAUAUUUUGUAUGUAAGCGUGGUUUUUGUUUUAGCGGGGGGGGGAAAAGUCUAGGCAAUGACGAUGAACAGUUUUAUUUUUUCAAAUGCUGUGUAACUUUAAUAGUGUUUAAUGGCUGUUCCAUUUGCAUUCUUUUACAUUCUAAAAUAUGUCAGAUAUAUAUAUAGUCAUAUAUAUAUAUAUAUCUGUCAUGAUUAAAUGCUUUGAAGAUGUCAAAGUAGUCUGAAGGUCAUGGAUCCACUGAGCCCGUUUGUCAGCAAAGUGUCUCAGGAGGGGAAAUGCCCUAAAGCACUGUGUCCCACACCAGUCUGCCUCAGUCCAGUCCGCUCCAGAGAACCAUUAGUCCAAAUUUCAGGAGCCUCAAAAGUACAACGCUUAGUAUGUGGAGAAAAACACGCCCCUGUGCCCUCUUAACAUUUGCAGUCUAUUGACCAGACAGUGGAGUGCUCCAAACCCACUUGGAUCCCGGGCCAGUGGGAGGAGGUGAAGAGUGGGCCAGGAGAGCUGUGGUUAGGUACCUGACCCUGCCUGGCACAGUUCUACUGGCACACAAGCUUCUGGUGCCAUAUGACCAUUAGGUACUUGAAUGUUGUGUAUGUAUUAUUAUUAUUUUUUGUACUUUCUUUUGCAGCAACAGCUUUGCUUUUCAUGAGGUUUUGUAUAUUUUUUUUGUAGUGUGCAUGUAUUGUGUUGGAGUGCAGGCGGGUGAUGCAGGUGGGUGAUGCAGGCGGGUGAUUCAAUAGGGUGAUUCAGGCGGGUGAUUCAGGCGGGUGAUGCAGGUGGGUGAUUCUGGAGGGUGAUGCAGGUGGGUGAUUCUGGAGGGUGAUGCAGGUGGGUGAUUCUGGAGGGUGAUGCAGGCGGGUGAUUCUGGAGGGUGAUGCAGGCGGGUGAUGCAGGUGGGUGAUUCUGGAGGGUGAUGCGGAAGGGGUACUCCAUAUUCAUGGGGAUGUUUAAGCUAUAGCAGACACUGGGAGGGAGGGGGGAGGUGAGGGGGGGGGGGGGGGGGUGAGGGAAGGGGAGCUUUAUUUGAAUGUAAUUCACCUUCAUACACUACUACGCUGCACAGACAAAAAAUAGAUGCUUUUUCCCCCCUUGUGGUCAUUCAAUGACAACCUUUCCUUGCAUUCAUUUAGGUGAAAUACACAAUGAGCACCAAAUGUCCUUUGACUGAUUCACUGUUAUUUUGGUUCUGUACUGGAGCAAUUUGAGUUUGAUAGGGUACAAUAAAGUGCCAGUUUAAAAUGUGUUUCAUUUAAGGGUAUGUCUAUAAAUAUCUAUGAAGCAUUUAGAAAUUAUAUAAAAAUAGCACUUCUUUACGUAGUCCAUCCAUUUUUAGCUCCGUAGCCUUUUAAAAUGGUAAUAAAAGUAAAGGUGCAUUUUCUCUGCAUGCAAGAACUACCUGAAGUUUGCAAUCCAUAGACAUAAGACACUUUGUUACAUUAUGCAAUUACUCUCUUUCAAGCCUUUACUGGAACUAUGUUUAGUUCCUAAACUCUCCAGGCUUGUUCACAUUUACAUGUUAUUCAUUUAACUGACACUUUUAUCGAAAGCCGCUUACAAAUGAUGCAUAUAGUAAGUCAACAGCUAAUCGAGAACCAGAAGUACACUAUUCUAACAGUAUUUACGUGUUCAGUGCCAAGGAACUGUCUGUAUUUGGUGAACAAGAGGGUGCACAAACGUCUCUUCUCCGGUAUAACAGUGCAGUCAUAACAAUAAACAUCUCAAGUGCAACUUCGUGAAAAAAAACAUGUAGGUACAGUUUACAAGACAGUACUACAACAAGAUCUCAGAUGCAAUACUUUUUGGGUAACUAUAAUCUAUGUUUAGGUUAACUCACUAUAGUAAUAUAAAAACAUAGUAUUUGUAUAUUAUAUCUUACUUGGUUUUCCAUAUUAAACUGGCAGUGUUCACACUUAACCUCAUAGUCAUUGCAUGUCAAGUACAACAUGAUGGAAGCCGAAAUUGGCACCGAAAGUGGAACUGUACAAGGACUUUUGGUGCUCAGUGUAAAUGCCAAAUAUGUAUGGAUACAUGAAAUUUCCCAAUGCAUUUAUUGUUUUGGGUGUAUAUUUAAAUCCAACUUGUGUUGAUAUGAAGACAUUAAUGAACCUUCCCAUUAUUAUUAACUGUAAGAAUUAGCUUGACUGCAAACGAGAUUUGUGAUAAGAAUGAUUCUGCGAGCUUUGAGGUAGGAGUUUAACCCAAGUGAUUUUAGUGAACUAGUAAAAGAAAUGUCCUUAGAAAUUUGUAAGAGUAUCUUACUAUAGUCUAUUAUAGUAACAGUUUUAUUUAUUCCUGAUUUUAACCUUUUUAAAAUAAGUGCUGUAUUUUGAGCGGUAUGAGAUUAUGAUGUGUGUGGGUUUUGGUAUCUGUAAAUCCCACCUCUUCUGCAGGGUCAUCUGUGAGAUUGACAGGGUCAGCGUUCAGGGGUCAUCUGGGGUUUGGCCACACCUCCUUGUAUUGAUAGUUCCCAGUAUGAUAUUGUGAUGUUUCAGACCAUACAAUGAACAUAAUAUUCAAUAAAAGAUGGAUACGUUUA